AUGCCUUCUACCACGAGCCGCGCUGCCUUCGAGGCGGUCUUCCCCUCCCUGUCUCAGGCUAUGCUUGACCAUGCGAAGAAGUACAACCUGCCCGAGAACGCCCAGGAGUGGUUCCGCAAGGCCAUCGACACCAACGUUCCUGGCGGCAAGCUCAACCGCGGUCUCUCCGUCCCCGACACCGCCGUGGCCCUCCUGCAAAAGGAGCUGACUGAGGAGCAAUACAAGGACCUUGCCACGCUUGGGUGGCUGACUGAGCUGCUUCAGGCAUUCUUCCUUGUCAGCGAUGACCUUAUGGACGGCUCAAUCACCCGCCGCGGCCAGCCCUGCUGGUACCGUCACCAGGGUGUUGGUCUCAUUGCCAUCAACGACGCUUUCCUCCUCGAGUCCGGUAUCUACAUUAUCCUGAAGAAGCAGUUCCGCUCCCACCCUGCCUACGUCGACCUCAUUGAGCUGUUCCACGAGACCACCUGGCAGACCGAGCUGGGCCAGCUGUGCGAUCUGAUUACCGCCCCCGAAGACAAGGUCGACCUCGACAACUUCUCCAUGGAGAAGUACAUGUUCAUCGUGACCUACAAGACCGCCUACUACAGUUUCUACCUCCCCGUCGCCCUUGCGCUCCACUACCUUCAGCUCGCGACCGAAGAGAACCUCCGCCAGGCUCACGACAUCCUCAUUCCUCUCGGCCAGUACUUCCAGGUUCAGGACGACUACCUCGACGCGUACGGUGACCCCGAGGUUAUUGGAAAGAUUGGAACAGACAUCCAGGACAACAAGUGCUCGUGGCUGGUGAACCAGGCUCUGCAGCGCUGCAAUGCCGAGCAGCGCAAGGUGCUCGAUGCCGCCUACGGCCGCAAGGACGGUGAGCAGGAGGCCAAGGUCAAGGCUCUCUACCGCGAGCUGGACCUUGAGACCGUCUACAAGGAGUACGAGGAGAAGAUCGUGGGCGAGCUCAAGACGAAGAUUGCGGCUGUUGACGAGAAGGGUGGGUUGAAGAAGGAGGUCUUCGAGGCUUUCCUCGGCAAGAUCUACAAGCGCAGCAAAUAA